AGUCUAUUAUACACCUAACCAGCUAACCUAAUUAUAUCAUAUAUUCUCAUAUCAUAUAAACCAUGCACUAGUAUAGUAUACAUACAAAUUAAGGAAAUAUCUUAGACUAGCUUCUUUGAUCUACUUAUAUAUACACCUCAUAUUUUCUAUCUCCAUAUUAUAUUGUAGAAAAAACUUGCACUUUUUUGAUUUCUUUUUCCCUUCUCUUUUGUUUCCAUUUGAAUAAAAAAUUUCCUUGAUUAUUCCUCUUCUAUUCUUGGGAAUUAUUUGAUCUAAUUCUUCUUUGAAGAUAUUGUGUGUCUUGUCCAUUUCUGAAGGUUGGAGUUAUAGAAAUAUGUAUAAUGACUACCAUCGUCAUCACUAUCACUCCCAACCUUGUUUGCAUUGCCACCCACAAAGCUACAUUAGGAUGGUUCAACACCUUAUAGAAAGGUGUUUGCUUCUUCAAAUGGACCGCGACCAAUGUAUUAAGGCUUUGGCAGAACAUGCAAAAAUCAAGCCUCUAAUUACACUUACAGUGUGGAGGGAACUUUUGAAAGAAAACAGGAAUUUUUUUCAAGCAUAUUUUCAUGGUGUUUCUCCAACUCCGCUCAUAAAUAAACAUGUUCAACAAUCACCAAGAAUCACAAGAAGGCGAUAUUGGAGGUGAUCACAGAUAUAUCAUAAAUUAGGAGCUAGCUAGCUAGAUAGUAUAUAGUUUGAUAUAGCUCUAUCAACCAACAUCGAUAAAGCUCUACGAUCUUAGCUUGUUGAUGAAUUCAUUGUGCCUAAAAAAGAUCAAUGAUAUGAUGCCAUAUAUACCAGAAAUAUGUAAAACAAAAUUCUAUUGCCUUGGCAUCUUAUUAGACAUAUAUCAUAUAUGGAUCGGAGAUUAUUCACAUAAAUAUAGGUAUAUAGUACGUGUAUGUAUGCAAUGUUUAUAUAUAGUUUGUUGGUUUGAUUUAGAAGUGUUAUGUUUCUUUUCAGUUAUAUGUAUUGAUCUGAUAUAUGUC